AUGGCGGCAUCGGCGGUGCGUGCUGUGCUCUCGAAGACACUGGCUCCACAGCAGCAGCAGCAACAGCAACAGCAGCAGCAGCAGCAGCAGCAACAGCAGCAGCAGCAGCAGCUUGCUGAUGCUGAUGGCGGGGCGGUAUCACUGGAUGAUGACCAAUUGUGGAUUCCCUCCGAGGCAGGACCAGCGGCAGCAGCAGCAGAAGCAGCAAAAGCAGCAGCAGCAGAAGCACCUGCUGCUGCUCUUCCUCCAUCCUCUUCAAUAGCCGCAGCAGCAGCAGCAGCGACUGCAAAGAAGUCCUCAGAAGCAGCAGCAGCAGCAAAAGCAGCGGAAAGCCCAGAGGCAGCAUCACCAACAACAGAAUCACCAGCAGCAGACCAAUCAGCAGCAGACCAAUCAACAGCAGAAGCAGCGGCAGAAGCAGCAGCAGAGGCAGCAGCAGAAACAGCAGCAGCAGCAGACGCAGACGCAGCAGCAGCAGACGCACCAAAAGCAGCACCUGGAGCAAUACCCGCAGCAUCAACUGCAGCACCAGCAGGAACAGCAGCAGAGGUAGCAGCAGAGGCAGCAGCAGCAGCAGAAGCAGACAGAGCCGGAGCAACAGCAGCAGCAGACAAAGCAGCGGGAGAACCGGCCUCCUCCUCUUCGCCCUCCUGCAGAGCAGCGCCAGCAGCAGCAGCAGCAGCAGCAGCAGCAGCAGCAGCAGCAGCAGAAGCACUGGACAUGCAGCGCGUCUUUCGCAGCGCCUGCGAAAAUCUCCAAGGAGUUAAAAUUGCAGAUUUUGGACUUGCGCGAUUUUUGGGGCCCACCUGCGGAGCCACAGAAGUCACCGGCACACUCUCUUAUGCUGCGCCCGAGGUUAGCAGCAUACCUGGUGCUGCUGCUGCUGCUGCUGCUAUUGCUGCUGCUGCUGCAGUUGCUGCUGCUGCCGUUGCUGCUGCUGCUGCUGCUGCGGCUGCUGAUGCUGAAUGCUGGUGA